AUGCCCGUGUUGAUUCCCCCCGCUGAACGCAGUCAGGACACGCGCGUAGGAGCCCCAGCAUGGCGCGAGGCGGCCGUGGCCACUACGCAGAAGGCGCACCUGCUGACCGAUCGCUGCGGUCAGGAGGCGGUGACCAUGUGGCAGCCCAAGGACAGCGUGCGGGACCCUCACAUGGCGCGCCAUCUCUGCCGCGCCGCCUACAUCCAGCCGUGGCGCUUCCGUGUGGAGAUGCUCAAAGGUGGUGGCACGGUGGAGCAGCCGCCGCCUGGUGAGGGCGUCACGCUAUGGAAAAGCAAGAUGAAGCCUCCGGCCUGGCAAGCCCGCCUGCCUCUGCCCCUGCACCGCGACGCGCGCGCCCAGCAGACAGCGGAGGUGGUGCAUGCCCACGCACGCGGAGUGCGCCUCACCGCCGCACGCCUGUGCCGCGCGCAAAACCAGAUUAAUGGACAGCUUCGGCAGCUGCUGCGCCAGCGUCAGGACACCGAUCGCAGGCUCAGCGAAGUGCGCAAAGGCCUGCUCAUUAACCAGCAGAGCGCCAAGCUGCGUGACUACCGGCCCAAGUCCGAGAAGGUUCCUGACAAGGCUGACAGCAUGCUGGUAUGGGAGGAAGAGGAGCUGAAAGCCAUGAAGAGGAAGAUGGAGAAAGAUAUGGAAAAAUCAGAGACCCUACUUAAGGCCCUAGCCUCCUGUCGGGACACUCUAGGCCACUGCUUUAAGGAGCGACUCCAAGCAGUUGAGUUAAUGAAUCAGCCGCUGGACAAGGUUCUGGAACAGGCCGGCCGCCAUUCAUGGGUGGAUCUCUUCAGGGUCCCCAGUCCUCGCAUUCAGGGCCAGAAAACACCGCCUCCAGAACCCAUGGGCGCCUAUACUCCAGAGUGCGCGGCAGCGUUGCAUGAAGCCAAGCAUUUGCUGAUGGAGUCCAAGGACACUUUGGUGGACAUGGCAAAGAAUGAGGAGCAAAUUUUGCAGCAACAGCGGCAGGUCAGCGACUGUGUGUGCGCCACGCUGGCGCAGAAGAUGCGCGAGACCAUGGAGCUGAAGGAAAGAAUGAACAUGUCGUUGGGACUAAUGAGGGGUACUAUCAACCGCUGCACAAAAUUCAACCAAGAAAUGUACAUCACCCGUGGGAUCAUCAAGGGUCCCUUAUCGAAAAGCCAUCUGGAGACUCGAGAGAAGUUGGACAGACCCCUGGUUCGUAUGUACCAGAGACACGUGGGCACCCAACUCCCAGAGGCCACGCGCCUUGCCCAGGGCACAGAUAAGCUGCAGCGCCACAUAGCGUACAUGGAAAAGAACCUGCAGGAGUUACUGACCGCGCGCAAGAACCUCAUCUGGGGCCUUCACUGCAAGAAGAAGGGAUACGACGUGGACUUUAACGUCGUGCGCCUGCGCCUGCGCCAGCAGCACCCGCAUGUGUGCUACGAGCAGGCCCAGCGCCUGAUCAGCGACCGGGACCCAGGCAAGCCAGCACACCGAGAAUCUGCCAUCGCCCCUCAGUGA